AUGGGGAAAGUGAGGCAGGCAAUUGGUCAAGUGUCUUCCUUGUCCAAGGUCAGCCUGCUGCUAGAGGAAAGAUUUGCACUCAGGUCUUUCGGGCAGCCCAGGCCCCGAUCUAGGGAUCGAUAUGACUCGUUUUGGGUAGAUGGGGCUGACCGGGCACACGCCAGACCCCUGGGCCCCAUGGACUUGGGUGGUGAAUGUCCAUCUGUGUUUCGGUAUGUCCAGUUUCCUCUGCGAGCCUUCACCUGGGCCCUCAAAGCUGCGGUUCGACUCGGGGAGCACAGGGCCCCCAACAAUCGUCGGAGGGCCUGCGGGCAGGGGCAAACCCGGGGUCCGCUCCCGCUUUCCGUGCUCGCCCCCCACCCACCCAGUCCCCCGGGUUCCUCCCUUGGGCUAAAAGACAAAUGUAUGCAAAACGAGGACAUGCAAACGAGCGCCUGCUUUGGUUCGGCCCGUCAGUCCCGGGGGCUGGGGGAGGGGAGCGCGAGCGCCAGCUGGGGCACCUCAUCCGGAGGCGGGGGAGGGGGAGCGAGGCGCUGCAGACGCGCUGCGCCGGCGGUCCACGUGAGGGCGCCCGCGAGCCCGGAGCCCCGGCGCUUCCGUUCCCAUGACACCCUCGGGGGGAAGGGAGCGGCGGGAGCCGGCGGGCGCGGCAUGGCCGACGUAAUGGUCUACGGGAAGGAGAGCUCCAGCCGCCUGGGCUGGACGCGGUUCCGCCGGGCCCGCUCCCCGCUAGGCGUGGGCCGCCGGGCGCGGCGGCGGGCCCGCUCCUUGGCCAUCGGGAGCCAGCGGCGGCUACGGCUGCGACUGCAGCAGGCCGAGGCGGCUGGCGUAACCUGGCUUGACGAGGAGGAGGCGGCGGAGGCUGUGGUGGUGGGAGCCGAGUGGAGCGCACGGGAGAAGAAAGCGAAGAAGAAGAAGGCACGGCGGCGGGAGCGCGCCGAGCGCGAGCGCGAGCGGCGGGAGCGCGAGGAGCAGCGGCUGGAGCGCGAGGAGCGCGAGUGGAGGCAGCUGCGGCAGCUGCGCGAGCUGCGGUCGAGGCGCGAGCGCGACGAGGACGCGGGGGAGCGCGCGGCGCCUGUGCCCGCGCCGGAGCCAGAGGCGGGCGGCGAGUCCGAUGGGCCCGAGGAGCCGCCCCGGGCGCCCGGCCACGGCGAGCCCUUCGUGGUGCGGGGCAAGGCCGGCCUGCUGAUGCUGCUGAGCCACGCGCAGUCUUUGACCUUCACUGGGAAGUGUCAAAUGACCUGUCUUUAUGGCCGAGUGCAGGUAUUUGGUUUUAUCAUCAGCCAGGGCCAGCCAGCCUAUGACCUUUAUUCUCCCCACACCAACUGUGCCCUAACUAUUGAAGCAAUUAGCUACCCGAUGCCAGAGAAAACCCUAAAGGAUAUGAAACUGGAAGUCCGCUCUUUGAUCAAAGAUCAUCUUUCUUCAGCUAACGCGUUUCACGUGAUAAAACAGUUUUCUCCUAUGUGUUCCAUUGUCCUGCUAGAAAGUCUGGAGACCCCUGCUACAGACUUCAUCCUGAGCUACCCAGCUUUUUCUCACCUUUUCUCAGGAAAGAAACAGGAGAUGUCGUCAUCCUUCAAUCUUGAGCAGUUAACUAUGUCUUCUGUUGGCAUUAAGAAAUGUGAGGAAGAAAGUGGCUUUCACUUGUCUGAGAGUAGCAGUUCAGUGAUAGAAGAGUUAAUCACUGCUUGUUGUGAGGAAAUUGAUGGUUGCCCUAUCAUCUUGACUUGUGGACCAAAGUGCAUCGGCAAGUCCACCUUUAAUCGAUACCUGAUUAACCAGCUGCUGAACAGUAUUCCCUGUGUCGACUUUUUGGAUUGUGACCUAGGACAGACAGAAUUCACUCCUCCUGGUUGUGUUUCUUUGUCUAAUGUCAUAGAGCCUAUUUUUGGGCCACCAUUCACUCAUCAAAGGAAAACUCGAAAAAUGGUCUUUUAUGGUGAUUCUUCUUGUGAAGAUGACUGUAAGAAAUACACCAAGAUUGUGAAGUACGUCUUCAGUGCCUAUCAGAGAGAAGUGCCUCUCAUCAUUAAUACGAUGGGCUGGGUGAAAGGCGAUGGACUUUUGCUCCUCAUUGACCUUAUUCGAAUGCUGGCCCCUACUCAUAUUGUUCAGUUCAGUUCUGAACAGUGUCAGGAUAUGCCCCUGCUCACCCCAGAGUACACUGCGGGGAUGGCAGGUCUGCAGACAAAGGGCAAGACCAAAGUGAAAAACAGGCAUUUGGACUGCACCGAAUCGGAGAGUUCAGGGGAUCCAGAUGAAGGCAGCCAGCCCCACUCAACGGGAUACAAACUGCUGCUUGUGCAGUCUGAAUUUGCUGGUGCUGGCGUUGCUCAACUGACGCAAUGGCAUAGUCCUGUUCUUCGUGAUAUGGCCUUGUUAGGUUACCUUGCUUUGCUACAGCCACCAGAGGCAAAACCCUUUCUUCCACUACACCAUCUAGUCCCCUUUCAGAUCCCUUUCAGUUCUGUGGCUCUCCGGGUUAUUCACACUGACGUUGCUCCUACUCAUACCAUGUAUACAGUAAACGCCAACUGGGUUGGUCUUUGUAGGAUACUAGAUGACGUCAAACAGAAAACUGAUGGACCAGUUUUUCUCACAGACAAUCCAGUCUGUGAUUGUAUGGGGUUUGGAAUCAUCCGAGGGAUCAGCGUGGUGAAAAAAAUGUACUACGUUCUGACUCCUCUGUCCCAUGAAAAGUUAAGACACGUGAAUUGUCUGAUGAUUGGAAAUAUUACUAUUCCUCAUUGUGUCUUCAAGAGCCAGCCCAAGAUUGAGGGAGAGAUUCCUUACGUCACUUCUGAGUACAAUUUUUCUAUUUGGGGAUCAGGAAAACUCAGAGUCAGGAAACUCCUGCAAAGAAGAGAAUACCUUUAAUCGCCAGUGAACUUUUCCCUGAAGAAUUAGCUGGAGCUUUUGGUCUUAACGAGGGAGGGGGAUGCAAAAACUUGAUGUGGCUUCUCUUGCUGUGCUAGCAGCAUCCAGUGGAAUGAUGUGAACAAUUCUUCAGCCCAAAUAUUGUUAAUAGUUUACAAACAUUUUUGUAUUAAAAUAUUUUCUGAAAAUUCUUCUCAAAAUUACAUGUGAUCUGAAGUGUAAACAGCAUCCCCAGGCACAGCCAGGGAGACAAACACUGCAGGAAAUUGGGAGACUCAGGUCGAGUCUGAGCUCUGCCCUGGGGACUGCAUGACCCUGGAGAAGAGUGGGGCUGCACCAGACUGCCUGAAAUUCUGAUUUGUGCCUCGUCUUUUCACUGAUGACAUUGCAGCUCAUUGACUUAUAAUAAUGGCUUUUAUUUCUAUGGCACUUUUAAGUUUGUAAAAUAUUCUCCUUACUACAACCCCGUGAGGGAAAUCGUGUCUAGAAUAUCAUCUCCAUUUUAUAGUCAAGGAUAUAGUCUUAAAGAAGGCCAAGCAAUUUGUGGAAGGUCUCAGAACUGGCCAAUCAGCAUCUGAAAAACCAAGUCUUAUUGCUUACUCCUUGACCGAUAUUUUUAUCUGCCUCCCCAUACAGUUCCUUAUUCAGUGAGCUCCUUAAUUGUGUUAGUACGUAGAAUAAGGACCAAAAAUAGGAGAUUUGGGCCAGUAGAGAAGAAAAGGAAGAAGGAUGACUUGAAUCACACAUCAGGAAAUCCUGGGGUUCCUCGGGCAUGAAGAUAGACCCCUACCAUCUUGUUUAACAUGAUGAUUCAUAUGUACAAGCUACCCAUAUUGGGUCUAGCUGCUCAUCAUCUGGACUGUUGGAGGUAAUAUCCCUUCUUAAUUAUCCUUGACUGCGUUGUAUUUAAUUCCAGUUGUCCUCUACUUAAGUAGUUGAAGCAGAUAGUUGGGCAUCAAUAAAGAUUUCAGGAAUCCUCAGUGACGGCAUGUCCCACUGCCAUUACAGAGCACAACUCUGUUUUAGUAAAUUGAUGGUAGUCAUGAGUUACUAUAGGCCAACACCUUGUUGUCAUCUUAUAAGAUAGGCUCUCCAGAUUUAGCUAGUAGCUUUAUGGCAGCUAGACAGUAUGUACUUUGGGCCUGUUUCAUAAGACCUGUCUGAUGUGGUCUGCUAUCAUAGCCUUGGAGACCAGAGGCAUCGGUUGCUGCGGUGUGGCAUCAUGGAAGAAGUUUGCUCUCUUGGUGUGGGUUCUUUUAAAAGUCUGUGGCUGAUCUAGUAUAACCUUUGAAUAAAUGUAAUUAAUUUUUUUUUUCA